AUGGGCGAAGCUUGCCUGGCCCUGCGCUGGUCGCGGGGCAACCUCGAAACGGCGGUGGCCUACCUGAUUGACAUCUUGCUGACGAAACGCGUCGACAUGAUCCGCGACCCCAAAAUGUUUCUGGGACCCUCACUCAACCAAGAUGCGACCGUUUCCGCCUUCUACAAAGCCACCGAAGAUUCCGCCGGCGGCACCGAACUCGACUACCGCAACCGCUGGGUCCGUCUUCCCGUCACAGGACGCCUCCACGCUCUCCUCAUUGCUUGCACCUACCACGGAAACCAGGUCGAGGAACUAGCAGGACCUUCCCACGAUGUCCGCCGCCUCAGCGAGUUUCUCAAACACAUCUACGGCUUCCAGAAAGUCAAGGUCCUCACCGAUAGCCGCCAACCUAGCGACCAACAAGACCCUCGUGACCAAGGCGACCUCGGACUCGGAGCCGGGCUCGGACUUGGACUCGGAGCCGGGACCGGACUCGGGGAAGACCCUUACCCCAUCGCCGAAGAGUACCGACAGCUCCUAGCUCAGCGCAAAGGCUCGGGCUUCUUCUCAGGCCGUCCUCUGGGUCACCCCUGCCGUCGGCCCGGCGGCGGCGGAGGAGCGUUUUUGACCAGCUACCGCGAGGGAGAAGGCUCUGCCUCCAGCGCGGCUGGGCCCAGAGCCGCAGCCUUCCAAGCACUCGCCUCCGCUACCGAAUCCCUUCCGGGGUCCGCCACCGGCUGGGAACGCCCCUUUCCUUUCCCUUCGGACUACGGCGAGAACUCGUCCCCCAUGACCAUGGCUCCAUUGGCCGCGGCCCUGGCGGCUGCGGGCCUGACGGCUUCGCCUCGGACGACCUCAGACCAUAGCCGUGCACAGGACGCCAAUGCACAGGGCGUCAAUGCACAGGGCGUCAAGGGACAGGGUUCAGAGCACCAUGCAGCGCGGGAAGCAUCGGUCAGUCGUUCCUGUAGCCGGUCUCGGGACGGCCGAUCUUCGCGGGAUGGUGGGUCUUCCCGGGACCAACAUUCGUCCCGGUCCCGAGAUAGGCGGUCUGGGAACGGGGCAGGACGGGUAAACAUUCGAGAAGGGGCAGGGCGGGACUUGGACGGCAUUGCGGAGUCGGACUUUAGUGGGGUGCCAACGCGUGCGGAAAUUGUAUCGGGAUGUGAGUGGUUGAUUGAGGAGUCACGGGCCGGGGACGCGUUGGUGUUUUACUAUGCAGGUCACGGGUUGCCGCAGACGAAGCGGCACGAAUGUCGGCCGUUGCUGCCUUUGGACCACCGAGAAAACGGGGCUAUCACGGCCACUGAGUUGCGCCGAUUGCUGAUUGACAAGCUGCCUAAAGGGGUCCGAUUGAUCGUCGUACUCGACAGCUGCCAUAGCGGCGCGGGCCUGGUGCUGCCCUACCACUAUGACCGGCACAGCCACUGCUGGCGCAAACUGUACGACGUGGAUGUGGGCAAAGAUGUCACUCUGUAUGCCUCCUGUUCCCAUGGCGAGUCCGCCGCCGAUAUCACGCUCCUCGACGCCAAGAAAGACCGCAAGGUGGCCGGCGGUGCCAUGUCCAUGGCAUUCCUAGCUAGCCUCCGAAAAUCGCCCUUCGGUCAUUCCUGCGCCUCACUUGUUAAUUCAAUGUUGAAGCUCAUGAGGGACAAAAAAUUGACGCAGACGGUGAACAUGUCCAGCACAGUGCCGUUCGAUCUCGACCGCCGCUUCAGUCUCAUUGACAUCUACAAUCCCGCGUAA